AUGUCAACAAGCAAGUCAAGCUGGCUUGAUUCUUAUCGAUUGCAGAUCACAGACAAUAUAGAGGCUCGUGCACAGUGGCACGUCCCAGAGAAUGGUCUGCACUUCGGACAGCACUUCGCCGAUUCCGGUGCAAAAUACCGCGUGCAGCAGAUGAUAAGCCUACCCAUAUCGGGUGUGUCCGCACUUACAGCCUACCUGCACUACUACCCAUCCACGGUGGCUGAUGUUGAGGCCUUGGUAUCAGCGUUUAUCGAAGAGCAUGCUCUCAUGGACAAGCUGGCCGAGAACAUUGGCUAUUUCAGCGUCUACGGCUUCAUCACUCCUGUAGAGGUUGAGCAGAUGUUGAUUCACAUCCUAAUCAAAGGGGAAGUCUAUCAUGAACUGUACGAGCUAACAAACUCCCAGAUCGCUUACUUCAACCACCAAGCUUCUCUCCAAGACCUGGGCCACCAGGGUCUCGAGCACAUCGAACCCCCGGUACGGACCGAGAGCAAGAAGAGCAAGAAAACCAAGAAUGCUCCAAAGCAUCAGACUCCUGCCUCUUCACUUAUCGAGGAGACGGAGCUGCAGGUUGAGGAAACGGACCUGCAGUGGAUCAAGUCGAAGCCUGACACCAAAUUUCUGUUCAAGGAGAAGAAGUUGGCCAAGAUUGUGGUCAAGUUGCCUGAGGAGUCAACUCGGAAGGUGUGGACGAAGCCUGAUGACCCAAUCAUGGGUGAGACUCUUGCCGAGGAGAAGGAUUUGCAGUGGACCAAGACGAAGCCAGACACCAAAUUCCUGUUCAAGGAGAAGAAGUCGGCUACGAUCGUAGUCAAGCUGCCUCCGAGGUCUUGA